CCCGUCUUCAAAAUCCUUUCUACCUUGACCCCCAUCCUCCAAAGAGACACCUGGAGUCAGCAUCCUCUGACCAGACCUUUCCAAGUGGAACAACAUCUUCAGAAGAACCUCCAUCCUCUAAAGGGACCUUUCCAGGUGGACCUCCAUCUUCUAAAGAGACCUUUCCACCUAAACCCUCAUCUUCUCAACAGACCUUUCCAUCUGGACCUCCAUCUUCUGAAGAGACCUUUCCACCUAAACCCUCAUCUUCUCAAGAGACCUUUCCACCUGGACCUCCAUCUUCUGAAAAGACCUUUCCACCUGGAUCUCCAUCUUCUAAAGAGACCUUUCCACCUGGACCCACAUCCUCUGAAGAGACCCUUCCAUCUGGAUCUUCAUCCUUUGAGCAGACCCUUCUUUCUGGGCCCCCAUCCUCCGAAGAGACCCUUCCACCUGGAGCUCUCCCAACCAUGAGCCAGACAGAAGUAUCCACCUGCUCCGUUCCUCACACCCAACGGGUCUUCCAAGAAGCUGUGAGGAAAGGGAACACUAAGGAACUCCACUCCCUCCUCCAGAACAUGACCAACUGUGAGUUUAAUGUCAAUUCCUUCGGUCCAGAAGGUCAGACGGCCCUUCAUCAGUCCGUCAUUGACGGGAACCUGGAACUGGUGAAACUUCUGGUCAAGUUUGGGGCAGACAUUAGACUGGCCAACAGGGAUGGCUGGAGCGCCCUGCACAUAGCGGCCUACGGUGGCCACCAAGACAUUGUCCUCUAUCUCAUCACCAAGGCCAAGUACUCUUCCAGUAGCCGGUGACUUGCCCGUAGGACGCUUCGAGACUUUUCCAUCACUUCCUGUUUUUUGGGGGUUUUAAUCAAAUUUUUUUUGUUCUUUUUAUGUCUUAAUUUUUUGUGUUUUUUCUUUUUUCCAGUAAAGAGGCUGCUCUGCUUUAUGCUCAAGAUUUGAGGGGGCGAUCCCCCCCUCCCCCAGAUUUCUGAUCAUUGGAUCUCCUCCUAUUCCUUUUGGUUACUAAAUCAUGGACACUUUGGUCUUGAUAUGAUGUUUUCGCCACGUCAAUGAGGAAUUUGUUUUUAGGUACAACCGAAAGAUUGUGUUGUGUUUUGGGUUUUUAUAUGAAAAUAACAACUCCUGCCUCUUCAUUGUAUAUGUAUGUUUUAUUUUUAUUUUCUAAUUGACAUGAAAAGCUGCUGUUGGUCUCCAGGUUUUAGGAAGUUUGGGGCCCACAAAGACCUAUUAAUUCCUAUUAUUUGUCCAUUUUUAUUUUUUAACUUUUUUUGGUCAUCUACCUCGACUCUUAGCACAGUAUUCAAAAAACCAGCACCAGAUACUGUAUGCUGCACUUGUAGGUUAUCUGUUCUGUGUCCUUCCAUUGCCGUGACAUGCCCACGUCUAGAUUAUCUUUCCCAUCCUUUUAAUAUAUUUUAACAUUUCAGUGGUAAAUGACCCCCCCUUCCCCUCAGGACCCCAAAAGUAUUCAGCCAGAAGUGUAAACUUUUGGCACUGGUACAACCCAAGAGAUGAGUCCAUUUUGACUCCCCUCCUAUUAAAUCCUUAAAUUUCAAAAAUAUUCACGCCCCAUUCCCCCUCAAUUAUUAUUAUUAUUUUUUUUACCCAUAGAUAUGUCAAGUAGAAUUUUGGACAGAGAAGACUUGAAUAUUGAAAUAUCAAAUUUUUAUAUAUAUUUUUUGUUUCAAUUUUUCUGGUAGAUUUCUACACGGAUACGAUAGCGUGUAGAAUUGCCACAUUCUUGUUUUGCACAGGCGAGAUAGCGCAAGGGCUCCCCCUGCUGUAUGGAAAGUGAGUUGCAGGAUUGUGAAUUUGACCUGUUGACUGCUGACUUUAGAUGAACCACAGAUGAGAUGAGGAUUUUUUUUUUAAGUAUUUUUUAAUGUUUGUGCUUUUUUUUAAAUUUUUUUAAAUAAAAAUUUUUGCGAAUGGGACGAAGGCGACUUUUGAAGUGCGUGUGUUUGGGAUUGGACCGGUGCUGCUUUAGUUUAAAGAAAAAAUGUAAAAAAUUGCAUUGCAGAUGGAUCUGAUUAGAGGUUGCAGAUGAGGCGUGUUCGCGUGUUUGCGUGUUGUGUGUCUUGUGGUUUGUCUGCACUAAAGACGCAUCUUGUUUAGGUUUCCGUGGGAUCCCCAAUCACCCUAAAGCCAUUUUUUUUUUUGCAUUGUCGACGAGCCUCGAAAUCCAGAUGUGCAAAAAAAUAACGACCCACAAUUUUUUAUCUGCAAAACUUUUUUUUUUUUUUUUUUUAGUAAUUUAAAAGUAUUUUCUAAUUAUUUUCAAGGCCUCGCAGACACGAACCAGUGUCGUUUUUGUAAAUGCCGUGUUCAGUUGCACGGUUCACGGCGCUGUCCUGCACGCAGGUUUGUCGUAAAGCUCCGCCUCUGCUCUUACAAGCAGACAAAUCCUUUGGCUGGACAGAAAUCCCCGAACCACAUAAACCAUGGCAAAUCCUUGCUCAAGGUCCCUUUAAGCAUUUUUUUUUUUUAUAUAGUGUAGAAGUGAAAAAAAAGUUAAAGUUGAGGUGUAAACUUUUUUUUUUUUUUUAAGAAAAAAAAAAAGUCUGGUUGUGCUGAAUUUUCAGCAUUCUCUCUCCUUAAUCGGUCUACGUUGCUAGGCUGGCGUAUUACUUGGCACCGAUAUUGUUUCUGUGCGAUGGUUUUAAGUGGGGUGGGGGGGUGGGUGGGGGGGGCAGCUGCAGAGGAAAGAAAAAUAAAAUAAAAUUAAAGGGUCUGUGGGAGAAAGGGAUAGUUUGUAUUAAAAAAAUGGAAAAAAAUAUAGAGCUUGUUGCACAUAUUCAAGUGGAUCUGCCACCAGUAAUGUCAUAAUAUUUAUGAUGUAAUUACUCCGAUGUUCAUCCCAAAGAGUUUAACUUUUUUGUUUUAUAUAUUUUUUAAUAAUUUUUUUCAUUAUUAUAUCUGACUGUGAAAUUUGGACAUGGUUUGCAGUUCUUUAACAGCAUUUCUUUUUUUUCUUUUUGUGGCUGGGAUUAAGAUAUUCGUGGUUGCCAUAUGUUCUCAAAUUCAGCUCUCGUCGCCAACCCUCCCGCCCCCGCUCCCUUUCUGCUGCAUUGACCCUGCAUGCCACCACUGGACUCGCUCUGCGUAAGGAGCAGGUGCACAGGGUGACUUCUGAAUGGUCUGUACUAUUUCACUUUGUCUUCUCUUCUUCUUCUUCUUCUUUACGUUGUGCCCCCACCCCCACCCCCACCCC